CCUUGGGGAGCGGAGUUUGCACCAUGAAAGGGGCCAGAACGACUCAGGCCCAGCCCCACAGGCUGUGAGCAGGUGUGAGGGAACCUGCUGGCGAACCCAGAUCCCAGAAGCAUGGGGUCAGCAGAGCCAGGUCAGGACAAUUGAGCUGAUAGGAAGGAAAGAAGAGAGAGCCCGCCCUUCGGGUUUGUGGGCAGAGAUCCCAGUGGUGGUGUCAAGAAUGUUCUGUGGGCUAAUGGAGCCUGAAGCCACCUGCACAGAGAGGGGUGGCAGGCGUGGGCCCCUCGCUCCAGUGCCGUGUGUGCGGAGACAGCAGCAGUGGGAAGCACUAUGGCAUCUAUGCUUGCAAUGGCUGCAGCGGCUUCUUCAAGAGGAGUGUGAGACGGAAGCUCAUCUACAGGUGCCAGGUGGGAGCAGGGAUGUGCCCCGUGGACAAGGCCCACCGGAACCAGUGCCAGGCCUGUCGGCUGAAGAAGUGCUUGCAGGAGGGCAUGAACCAGGAUGCUGUGCAGAAUGAGCGCCAGCCACGAAGCGCAGCGCAGAUCCGCCUGGACAGGGCGGAGUCAGGCAGGGAGGCCCGGCCGGAGCCCCUGGUGGCUUCCCUGGCCCCCACAGGGCCCAGCCCACGGGGCCCCACACCUGCUUCUGCAGCCAGAGCCCUGGGGCCUGGGGCCAUCACACCUCCAGGGCAUCACCAGUUCAUGGCCAGCCUCAUAAUGGCCGAAACCUGUGCUAAGCUGGAGCCAGAGGAUGCUGAUGAGAACAUCGAUGUCACCAGCAAUGACCCCGAGUUCCCCUCGUCCCCGCAUUCCUCCUCCUCACCCUGUGGUGUGGACAGCAUCCAUGAGACGUCCGCCCGCCUGCUCUUCAUGGCUGUCAAGUGGGCCAAGAGCCUGCCUGUGUUCUCCAACCUACCCUUCCGGGAUCAGGUGAUCCUGCUGGAAGAGGCCUGGAGCGAACUCUUCCUCCUUGGAGCCAUCCAGUGCUCUCUGCCUCUGGACAGCUGCCCACUGCUAGCCCCACCCGAGGCCUCAGCUGCUGGCAGCUCCCAGGGCCGGCUGGCGCUGGCCAGUGCGGAGAUGCGCUUCCUGCAGGAAACCAUCUCACGGUUCCGGGUGCUGGCAGUGGACCCCACGGAGUUUGCCUGCAUGAAGGCCCUGGUCCUCUUCAAACCAGAAACGCGGGGCCUGAAGGAUCCUGAGCAUGUGGAGGCCUUGCAGGACCAGUCCCAAGUGAUGCUGAGCCAGCACAGCAAGGCCCACCACCCCAGCCAGCCCGUGAGGUUUGGGAAAUUGCUCCUGCUCCUCCCGUCUUUGAGGUUUAUCACUUCUGAACGCAUUGAGCUCCUCUUUUUCCGCAAGACCAUAGGGAAUACUCCAAUGGAGAAGCUCCUCUGUGAUAUGUUCAAAAACUAAUGGAGGUAGAAAUAAAAUGGGUAAAGCCACUUUGUAAAACAA